UUUUCAAGCAAUGAAGUUGUUGCUACUUGUCGGGGCUGUGCUAACAGUGGGCUGGGCUGCUGACGGUGCAUACUCCUACGAUGAUCAGGCAGCUUGGGGCGGAGUUUGUACCACUGGUAAACACCAGUCUCCAAUAGACAUAAACAAGGUAACGGACACCGUUUACUACGGCUCAAUGAUUUCAUCUUUCGGCGAGGAAGUAAAAAUUGAAAAGAAAACGGAGGGUCUGAUGACCGUUCAAUGGGACCUCACGGACACCCCUAUAUUCAAGAACUUUCCAGAUGACUGGCCGGUGGGUCAAACCAAGGGUCUUCAGGGUCUUCAAAUGCAUGUCCACUGGGGAAAGACGAGAACGUAUGGGUCAGAGCACAGGCUGAACGGGAAACAAUACGACGGAGAAAUACACCUGGUCACAAGGAACCUCGACCAGGACGACGAGAACGCAAGCGAUUACUACGCCGUGUUGGGAGUCUUCAUUGAAGCGGUAGACGAAGGUUUUGACCUUGAUAUCGACGAAGACGCGGACCAAUAUAUAUCAGGAAUGGUAUCCGGCAGAAACGACGCUGUAGACCUGGAUGUGCUGUUUGGACAGCAAGGAACAAAUAAACAUAAAAAUAGCGUGUUCACCUACGAGGGAAGUUUGACGACACCUGGUUGUGAUGAGAAGGUAUUCUGGCAGGUUCUGGAGAAACCGGUUCUGCUUUCAUCAUCUUACUUCGACGGAAUCCGGGAGGAACUAGAAACGGUCGAGUAUAACCACAGGGAUAUUCAGGAGCUGAACGGUCGACACAUCACACACCGUCUCCUAAACCAACUGCAUACUUCUGAAGGUGGUCAGUCUGAUUCAUUUUGCAAAGUUGACUGUCAGGCUGCACAGCAGACGUGCAUGGGGGCCAUGAGUGGUACUGCUGCAACAUCUCUCCCUUCACUCGCUCUUCUCUUCGCAGCACUGGUCUAUCUCAUGUAGACUACAAAGAACACUAUUUUCCAUUUUUAGAUACAGUAACUCUUUUUUAGAUAUAGUAACUCUUCACUGAUGUAAUUUUAAAUAAGAAAAGACUAAGCGUGAUUUUCCGGCCGUGAUGGACAAAUGCUUUAAUAAAGUUAAAGUUUAGGGGUCGUUCACAUAUUACGUAAUCACUUUUUGACCAUUUUUAACCCUCCUCCCCCCUCCGUAAUCAGUUUUACACAUAGC